UACUCCUCCAUUUUUAUUUCGAAUCGUGUCGAACAAAGAUAUCUUAUAAUCUUACGUGUAAUAAUCCUUUUUUCUAUUGUCAAAGAAAAUUAUCAAAUACUAGAAAAAAAAUAUUCGACAUCAAUAUGUCGAAUUUUGCAAAGGAACAACUUUUAAAAUAUGGUUGGACUGAAGGAAAAGGAUUGGGUAAGAAUGAAAAUGGAAUAGCAGAAGCUUUAAGACCCAAAUUAAAAUUUAACAGCGAAGGUUUAGGGUAUAAUUCAUCAUCGAGCACUGAAUGGUGGCAAACUGCAUUUGAUAAUGCUUCCAGAAAUAUUGUAAUUAAUAAGCAAAAUGAUGAAAUUUCAUUCUCAGUUGUUAACAAGAAUUCAACUGCUGAUAAGGCAGCAGAAAUAAUGUUAAAAUCUAAAGAAUCAAGACAAAAGAUGUAUAAUAAUUCUCGCAAGCUUGAAAUGACGAAUUUUAUUAAACCGCUAACUUUAAAAAAAAUAGAGAAAGAAAGAAAAGAAGAAGCCUCCAAAAAAAUUUCAAUAUUAACAGAUGAUGAACUUUUUAAAGCGUGUGGAGGUAGAACGGGGCACAAAGGUGCUCGUCAUGGCUUAACCAUGAGUGGAAAAUUGGAAAGGAUUCAUCAACAAGAAAAAAGAUUAUUACAUCUUAUGAAACGCUUAACUUUGAAAAAUGCAGCCAAAACUGCAACUGAAAUGGAUGGGAAUGUUGCUAAAUUAAAUAAUAACAGUAAUAAUAAUAAUAAUAAUAAUACAAAUGUAGCAAUAACAACUACAAAUGAAUCAUCUAGUAAAGAAAAUGAUUUUCAAAUCGUCAAAAGUAAGGCUACAAUUAAAAGAGAAAAAAGAAAUAUGCAACAUUUAACACGUUUGUUAAAUAAUGCAUGUAAUAUAGAUGAUAUUACUUGUAGUUCUAAUAUAACAGAAAUUAAAAAAAACUCAAGCCAUAAGGAUAAAAAAAGUAAAGAUAAAAGAAAUAAAACUUCUUUGAUUAGUGAAAUUAUCACUUCACCAGAAGAAAAGCAUGAUUUGGUGAAAUCUGAUCAAUUACAAAUGCAUGAUAAAACAUAUAAAAAACAUAAAAAACAUAGAGUAGUUGUCGUAAAACAAAAAAGAACUCCUGUAGGAAAUAUAUAUAAAGUUCUGGAUUGUCCUGUUGAAUUAUAUAAUCUGUUCAAGCAUCAACAAAUAUCUAAAUCUCAAGGAGAUAUUAAUAUUAAUCGUAAAAGUACAGAUACUUCUCCUGAAGAUUCUUAUCAUUCUAGGCAUACAUCGUGUGAUAAGUUGAAAGUUCAAAGUAUUUCGCAAAUAAUAAAAAAGAAAAAAUUAUAUCAUUAUAGGAAAGUUAAAGGCGACCUUAAAUGGGAGAAAUAUGCUACUCCAUUUGAUGAUAAAUUUUAUAGAUUUAUAAAAAAUUUCUUUAAUAAUAGCAUAACAGAGGAUGUUAGUUCAAAAUUAAAAAAUUUAUCUGUAAAAGGGAAAAAAAAAGAAACUAACAAUGACGAUAGAACUAGCAUGUAAAUUCAUAUUACUCCCGUAAUUGUAAUAAAAAAUAGUACAAUAAUUAAUCAUCAAAAUAAAAGUCAUUAUGCAAUAUUAAUGAUAAUUAAUAUUAUAAAACAAUGUGUAUUACAAUGCCUAAACAAUUUAAAUAAGUGUAUUAAAGUACUAAUUGAAAAUGAUAAUAAACAUUAUUAGUGAUCAUUAAAGCAAAAUUGAUUAAACAUAUUUAGAUAAAAUAUCAUUAUAAUCUAAAAUUAUGUUUUAUUAAAAUUGAUAAAUUUGUCAAAUCAUCUCCAUCUAACAACGAUGAAUUUUUAUAAAGAUAUGUCUGUACU